UAACUGCUCCUUAAGUGCCUCUCUGUCGUUUGGGGAAGGCAGAUUCGAUCCUAAGUGGGAUUCUGAAGGAAUGGCUCCAUGUUGUAAUUAAAAUGUACCAAAUUGGCUGCUUUCUUCUGGGGAGCAGGAGGCCAGACCUCUGCCUGGGACAGUGCAGGUGUGCACCUGUGGCUGUUUGCCCUGGUGGUGGAAGCGGUCUUUUUGGUUCCCGCUCUGGUCCAUUGGCACCCCUAAGGAAGGGGCUGCAGGAACUCGUUUGGGGACCCACCCCCCAUUACCUUUCGCACCUGAGACAACCACAGCUGGUGCUUGGACAGGGCCUGCAGAGGCAGCUUUGUCCGUUGUCCGCAGAAGAGGUGGCCUGUGGCGGGGUCCUGGCACGCGGUCAGCAGACAGGCAGUGCUCAGGAUUGCCCUGCUGGCCUCUCCUGCGUCCUCGCCCAGCCCUGCCCCUCCAGAGCCGCCCGAGUGCUGGCUUGCCCAUUCCGGAAUCCACGGAUCCUCGGCGUCCAGAGUGCUGCCCUGGGGCUCCAGAAACCAGUCUUGACACCUGGCCGAGCGCAGACUCAGGAACCUCACGCCAGCUGCUUGUCUUCUGCUGCUGAACUUCUGCGUUCAUUAGUUCAGAGGUGGCCGCCAGCCUAUGCUGCGUGCUCUGCCCUGGCUGGGACGCAAACAUGUCGGGGAUCGCCCUCAGCAGACUCGCCCAGGAGAGGAAAGCUUGGAGAAAAGACCACCCGUUUGGUUUUGUGGCCGUCCCAACAAAAAAUCCCGACGGCACGAUGAACCUCAUGAACUGGGAGUGCGCCAUUCCCGGGAAGAAGGGGACUCCGUGGGAAGGAGGCUUGUUUAAAUUACGGAUGCUGUUCAAAGACGAUUAUCCAUCUUCACCUCCGAAAUGCAAGUUUGAACCACCGUUAUUUCAUCCGAACGUGUACCCCUCGGGCACAGUGUGCCUGUCCAUCCUGGAGGAGGACAAGGACUGGAGGCCGGCCAUCACGAUUAAGCAGAUCUUAUUAGGAAUACAGGAACUUCUAAAUGAACCAAAUAUCCAAGACCCAGCUCAAGCAGAGGCCUACACGAUCUACUGCCAAAACAGAGUGGAAUACGAGAAAAGGGUUCGAGCACAAGCCAAGAAGUUUGCUCCCUCAUAAGCAGCGACCUGUGGCAUCAUAAAAAGGAAGGGAUUGGUGUGGCAAGAACUUGUUUACAACAUUUUUGCAAAUCUAACGUUGCUCUCUACAAUUACUGGUCACCUGGGGAGGGUUGGGCGGGCGCCAUUUUCCAUUUCCGCCACUGGUACAGUCUCGGCUCGCUGAAUCGCCCAGUUUUUCAUACAGGGUCUCUUCCUUCAGUCUUUUGUAUUUUUGAUUGUUAUGUAAAACUUGCUUUUAUUUUAAUAUUGAUGUCAGUAUUUCAACUGCUGUAAAAUUACAAACUUUUAUACUUCAAUGAGUCCCAAGGAGCUAGUUCCUUUGCUCGCGGAUGCAGGCAUGCUUCACGCCGUCUAGAGCUGCACUUAGCCUUCAGCUGGCUGCACGAAACAGAAAAUCAGACCUGCCCUGCCCCGCCGCCUCCUCUCCCAGAGCCCGGCUUGUGUUGCUUACGAGCCUCAGAUCCACAGUCAGCCAGCGUCGCGUUUCCGCAUCACUUCCUUUGUGUUUAUAUGGCGUUUGUCUGUGUUGCUGUUUAGAGUAAAUAAACUGUUUAUAUAAA